AUGUCUCCUGGAAUGACCUUAUUCUCGGUCCAGGCCGUGCUGGUCCUGAGCACCGAAGACGGCUCAAGAAUAUUCGCCAAAUACUUUACUCCUCCCCACGCCGCUCCCACAGGUAACGAUGCGCCGCCUCUCGUACCCCUUGUCCAAUUGGGGGCUUCUUCACCGCACAGUCGACUAACUCAAGAUUCAUUUGUCGCAGGUGGUCCCACGAACCCAUAUGCCGAUACUAAGUCACAAAAGGUCUUCGAGAAGGGCCUUAUCGAAAAGACGGCCAAGCAGACCGGCGACAUUAUCCUCUACGACAACCGCAUCGUGCUGUACAAGCUCGAGUCCGAUGUCAUGAUCUACCUUGUCGGUGCUGCGGACGAGAACGAGAUCCUGCUUUAUAACACACUGCUGGCUUUCAGAGACUCCCUACACCUGCUGUUCAAGCAAUCCGUCGAUAAGCGCACCAUUAUUGAAAAUUACGACCUUGUAUCGCUCGCCAUUGACGAGAUUGUCGAUGACGGUAUCAUCCUCGAGACCGACCCCACGAUUGUUGUCCAGCGCGUCAGCCGUGCGCCGACCCAAGACCUCCAAGUCCGCGGCAUCGAUCUCAGCGAACAGGGUGUCAACAAUCUAGCCCAGCUCGGCAAGUCCAAGCUUGCCGACUGGUUGCGACAGGGACUAUAA